GUAAGAGUAUGCGAUACAUCGUCAGAAGCACGCGCUCUCGUCGAACAAGAACUUCUAGCCACGCCAGACCUUCAAGCCCAGACACCCACCGGCGCCAAACGAAACCGCUACGCCAUGUGCAAGCACUGCAAAGAAGGAUUCGACGUCACUGCAAANCAAAAGGAUAGUUGUCGAUACCAUUCAAGCGAACUUUUUGUCGAUUGGGAUAGCGAAAUUUGGUAUGAUCAUUUGGAAGAUCGCGAUGGUGCCAUCGAUACGGAUCUUGCGGGCGAAUAUCCUGAAGGCUUUCAUUGGGAGCGCUGUGAGAGGAGAGGAGACCAAGAUGGAUGUACUGUUGAUGANAUUUUUGUGCCGGAGAUUAAGAAGAUGAGG